AAAUGAAAAAUAAAUAUAUAGUAUACACAAGUUUAUUUUUUAUAAAUGCGCAUGCGCAUUAUAAAUUAGAACGUCAAAUGUAAUGUAAGAUCGAAUAAUAUUGUAAUACUGUAAUGCGAAAUAUCUUUCAAACAAAAAUAUGUAUAUAUUGUCAUAUAUUGUCAUCGUCAAGCAAUAUUUUUGGUCUAAUCCAAUCAGUGCAUAGGUUGUAAAUAGUGACAUCGCUGAACAGAAUUAACCAAAAUAUACAAAUAUUAUAAUACAAUAAAUGUAUUGUUUCUUUUAUAUAUAUGACAUGUGACAUAUUCUCAAAUGUCUUCUCCUAAAAUUACUGAAUAUUCAGGCAAUUAUCAACAUUUUAAUGAUAGUGCAAAUAUAUCACUCGAACAAGAUAUUUCGCAUCGAUCAUGUCAAAAAUAUGGAUCUAUGUUAUCAUGUUCUUCUACAGAAAAUCAUGUAAAUUCUCCUAUUGAAAAUAUAAAGACUGAUCAUUUUAUUCAUAAAUUUGAAACAGAUGAUGUGCUCAGAGAAAAUAUGUCUGAAAAUGCUAUACUUCCAUCACAUGAUUCAUUAACAGAUCAUGAUUUACAUUGGGAAAUGAAUUAUCAUGAAGCUGCAAUAUUCUUAGAGGAAGGCAGAAAUAAUGAAAAGUUUGAUUCUCAUCCAAAACAUCCAGAAGAUUUACCAGCAUAUCUCUUAGUUCAUAAUAAUUGGUAUUAUGGAUUAGAUUUAUUAACUUCCCUUAUACUUUUGAUUUUAGCUCUUGCAGAAGAGCCAGCAGUACCAAUGUUUCAAAUACCAGUAUGGAUACAUGGAUCUAUAGAACUUUUUGCUUUAAUAAUUAUAGGCAUAGAAUUAGCUUUAAAGUUAAGAUGGAUUGGAUGGUCAACCAUGUUAAAACACAAACGAACAAUGUUGAAGUGUAUCACAUUGGUCAUCAUGUUUUUAGAAGCGAUGACAGUAUUAGUACGACAGUCAUCACACUUUCGUGUAACACGCGCUCUAAGGCCUAUCUUUUUAGUAGAUACUAAAUGUUUUGGAGGUGUUAGAAGAUUUAUUAGACAAAUACUUUUAACAUUACCUCCAAUUCUAGAUAUGUUAGGCUUGCUUUUAUUUUUCAUAACACUUUAUACAGUAUUGGGAUAUUAUAUGUUUUCCGAAAUGAAUAGAAAUUUUUCUACAUUACAAGAUAGUUUUGUGAGUUUAUUUGUUCUUCUUACUACUGCUAAUUUUCCAGAUGUAAUGAUGCCUUCAUAUUCAAAAAAUAAAUGGUAUGCUAUAUAUUUUGUAUCUUAUUUAUCUACAAUGUUGUACGUAAUGAUGAAUUUGAUGUUAGCAGUAGUUAAUGAAACAUUUACGGCAGCUGAACGUGAUAAAUUUAAAAAAUUGUUUUUACAUAAAAGAAAAGCAUGUCAACAUGCCUUUAAAUUAUUAGUUUCUAAACAAAGUCCGGAUAAAAUGCGAUUUCGUCAAUUUGAAGGAUUAAUGCGAUAUUAUGCUCCAAAUAAAAACAUAAGAGAUAUUGUUUUAAUGUAUCAACAUUUAAAUGCUUCUGGAAGUGGAGUUCUAAGUAUUGAAGAAUUUUUAAAUAUUUAUGACACUAUUAUACUUCAAUGGGAACCACAAUAUUCUACUGUGCCUUGGUAUCACAGUACAUCACAACCUUUGCAAAUACUCUGCACAGGAGCACAUGCUGCUAUUAGAUGGUCUUAUUUUGAAACUUUGAUGUACAUAAUGAUCAUUGCAAAUGGUAUUGCUAUGAUAAUAAGGAUACUAGAGCCAGCUAAUAAUGUUCAUAGUACACUUUUGUUUGCUGCAUCUUGGGAUACUUUUCUUUUUGGAGGAAUAUUUGUUGCUGAAGCAUUGAUAAAAAUACUAGGACUUGGUACAAGACGAUACCUUAGUUCUGGAUGGAAUCUUUUUGAUUUGGGCACAUCUAUAAUGACUCUUGUUGCUGCUUGUAUUUUAUGUCUUUUUCCCACAGCAAAAUUUUUUGUUCUAUUCAGACCACUUCGAUUAUUGAGAUUAUUUAAGAUGAAAAAGAGAUAUCGAGAUGUAUUCGGCACGCUUGUAAUUUUAACUCCAUUAAUGUCUUCUACUGCAGUAGUCAUGCUUGUUUUAUAUUAUUUCUUUGCGAUUAUUGGAAUGGAAUUAUUUGCAGGAUAUAAUAUGCGAAAUUGUUGCAAAAACACAACAGUUGAAGAUUUUUAUAAAUAUUCGGCUAAUGAAAGUACUGCAUUAGGAUAUUAUUAUCUUAACACUUUUGACAAUCUUAUAGCUAGUGGUAUGACUCUUUUUGAAUUAACGGUUGUUAAUAACUGGUUUAUCCUAAUGAAUGCAUAUGCAUUUACUGUUGGAAUGUAUACACGAAUAUAUUUUAUGAUAUUUUAUUUAGUGACUAUGAUUGUUCUAACUAUUGUAGUAUCUAGUUUCUUGGAAGCAUUUCGAUUUAGGAUACAUUAUAAAAAAUCAACAUCUAAACGUGAUGAAGAAAAAAUGCUUCAUGAAGAAGUAGAAUUAAAAUGGGAUGAGUUGCAAUAUAUAAUAGAAGAUUUCCAACUUCUAGAAAAAUUACGGCCUUCACUAAUAGUUGGUGGUACUACUGUUUUUAUUGGAUCACGUCCUCGAACUAGAGAAGUUUUACAAAGAAAAAUGUAUACUAAUGAAAUUACUGAAUGGAUUGCAGAAGCAAAACAAGCAGAAAGACAAUUUUUAUCAAAUACUACUCAUAACGUAGACGAAAAUCAUAGAGAAGAUGCAAUUUCUGAAUCAGAUUAUAUAGGAUUAACAGAUAAUUCUCGACAAAUACAUCGUAAUACAUCAAAUGUUGUAUAAUUGUCAUAAUAAAUUAAAUUUGCAUUUAUUAUCAUAUUGCA